AUGAGCGCGGAUCCAAUAUCUUCAGCGGCCCAGGAAUAUUUGGCAGUGACAAUAGAUCAACCGCUUGUCGAGUUUGAAAGGAUGAGCCCAUUGACAUCCAAGCCGCGAGGUCCGGGUGUCAACAUUGAUUGGCCGGCAAUCAAGAAGGGCAUGCUGGGACUUUUGGCUUCUAAAAGCUUUCGAUCAGUUGUGAAGGCAACAGCUAUUGUUGUUUGUAUAGUCUUGGCAAUAACAUAUUUGUCGAAGUCCAGGAGGGCACAAACUGCCGAAACAGCUGAGCCUGACGUCUCCACUGAAGACACCAGUUCCACAUCAACAAUCAGCAAGACAAACCCAUUGUCAGCAAUCAUCGCAUCUGUUGCCUCUACGUUAUCAGCGCUUGGAAUCCUUAUAAGAGACAGGAUUGCCAAAAUCCGAGAGAAGUUUCAAAAACCACCUGAAGAAGUUGGAGUUCCCAUGCCAUUCGACAACAACGACGAUGAAGGAUGGGGUGUGUGCACGCUGAGGUCGAAACGAAGACUGGGUAGAUCAUCCUUUGUCCAGUAUGAGUUUGAUUUGCCAGAGUCGGACUACUUCUUGCCAUUGGACCUGGGGCAACAAUUAUCGCUCUGUUGCUUGGACAAUGACAACAACGUUGCAAAGGGUGAGUUCUUUCCCUACAACGUAGAAUCCAAACCUCGUUUUGGGACGUUCUCCAUUCUGGCUCCGAAUCGAACACCGCCCGAGAAUGAGUUUGCUAUUGGGGAUGAUGCAGCCAACUUUGUUCGAGUACUCAAGCAGGACUUGAAAGUAGGGGAUGAGGUUGCACUGAAACCUGGGAAAAACAGACUCGAGUACCGGGGUCAAUACUUGCCUGUCACAGAUAUGGUGUACAUAGCUUGUGGAACAGGGGUUGUUCCAGUGAUGGAUCAAGUGAGAAUGGUUCUACCAUCAACGUCGUCGAGUAGUGUGGAGAGUGUCACCGUGGUUUGGAUCAAUGAAUCCACCAGAGAUUUUGAUGUUACAGCCGAACAACUGGAAAAGGAGUAUCACAGAUACAACACGAAACUGGCUGUUUCAUGCAUUGUGGACGACUUGAGCAAGGGGGAAAGCGCCAUGAACGACAAUCCUGAAAUCUACGAGGCGGUGCCAGACUUCAUUCCUGGAACAAUGGCUGUGCUCUCGGGACCUGUUGCAAUCAUGAGAAAGGCCGUGGAAUACCUUCAAAAGAGAGGGUACCCGUUGGAUUGCAUGUGUAUUCUGUAG